UAAACUUUGUAUAUCAUUAUAAAAUUGAAUGUAAAAUGAGUGGAUCUACAGUUAAGUUAUAUAUAUCCAGACGUACUGUUUUACCUGAUGGCUUAAAGUCAGCAAUUUUAAAAGUAUCAGAUGGAAAAAUUGAGGAAAUCAUUGUUUGUAGCGAUGAUGAAGAAAUAAAUGAAAAAUUACAAAAAUAUCGUGACAUUGAGCACGAAGAUUUUGGACAUUUGAUAUUAAUGCCUGGUAUAGUGGAUUCUCAUGUACAUUUAAAUGAACCUGGACGAUCACAUUGGGAAGGUUUUUGGACGGCGACAAGAGCUGCUGCAGCAGGAGGUGUUACGACUAUUAUAGACAUGCCAUUAAACUCCAUACCACCAACAACGACUUUGAAGAAUUUAAAAAUUAAAGCACGAACAGCUCAAAAUAAGAUAUUUGUAGAUGUUGGAUUUUGGGGAGGCGUUUUACCAGAUAAUCAAGUAAUAAAACUAAAAUCACUCGUAGAGGCUGGAGUUGUUGGAUUUAAAUGCUUCCUUUGUCCUAGUGGUGUUGAAGAAUUCCCCCAUGUUAAUGAAAAUGAUGUGAAAAAAGCUUUAAUAGAACUUAAGGAUUUGAACACUGUUUUAGCUUUUCAUGCAGAAUGUGAGGUAAACGGUUUUCCUAUUGAAGCGGAUGAAGAUCCUUUCGAUUACCACACUUAUUUGAAAACCCGACCACCAGUCAUGGAAACUGAAGCAAUAAAAAUUAUUGUAAAUUUAUGUAAAACUUUCAAUUGUCGAUGUCAUAUAGUGCAUUUAUCAGCGAGCGAAGCUUUGAAUUUAAUUAGAAAGGCAAAAGAACAACAAUUACUGUUAACCGCAGAAACCUGUUAUCAUUAUCUUCAUUUCAUAGCUGAGAAAAUCCCACGAAGUGCGACACAAUAUAAAUGUUGCCCGCCUAUAAGAUAUAGUUCUAAUAAAGAGAAAUUAUGGUCAGCUUUAAAGGAUGGGACACUUGAUAUGGUUGUAUCCGAUCAUUCUCCCUGCACAGAGGAUUUGAAAAAAACUGGUAAUUUCUUGAAGGAUUGGGGUGGAAUUUCUUCAUUGCAAUUUGGCCUUUCUUUGUUUUGGAGUCAAUCAAAAAUGCAUGGAUUAAGUUUUCAAGAUAUUGCACGCUUACUUUGUUCGGCGCCAGCAGCUCUUUGUGGUUUAAACAAUCAAAAAGGAUCUUUACGAGUCGGAAUGGAUGCUGAUUUUGUGAUCUGGGAUCCUGAGAAAACUAUAGAGAUUAAUCAAAAUGGAAUUUUACACAAAAAUAAGAUAACUCCUUAUAUAAAUGAAACUUUGUUUGGAAAAGUAUACGGUACAAUUGUUAGAGGAAGCUUUGUUUACAAAAAUGGUGAAUUCUGCAAAGAACCAAUGGGUCAACUUUUACUCCGAGAUACUUUUAUAUCAGACUUAAUGAAUUAGUGAUUAUUUAGUCAAAUUAUCGUUAAACAUAUUUAUCGUAUACUUAUUAUAAUAAAAGAGCAUUCAAAAUGGA